GCAUGGUAAGAUGGCGGACGAAGUGAAUAGUGUAGCAACGCAACUUUUCCACAUUUGAAUGGUUUAUUUUCGCUUUGUGGUCGAUAAUCAAAUAUAAAUGGUUAAUAUUGCUGUGUAUCAUGGCCAAGAAAAAGUCUCUCGUUUCUUCAAAGGGAAAGCCAAAUAAAACUUUGCAACAGAAAAAGAACAAGAAAAAAACUAACAAUCUUCCAUCGAAGUUCAGGAGAAAGAAAAGAAGAGACGAAGAGGCUGAUGAGUUUGUUGAGGUAAACUUUGUUUGUUUGUCUAUUUUUCGUUGCAUUGACUUCGAGGAGGAAAUUCUUAGAGCCUGAGAUUUAAAGGAAGUUUGAUGGACCUUGCAUUAGAGAGUAAGUUUUCUCUCGAUUUCCCCAAAUUAUUCACGUGUUAUAGAUACAUUACUACGUACGUUGCAUGCUUAUCAUGUUGUUAAAAAUACACCUAUGAAAUAAUACUACUUCGCGUAUCGAUGUCAAAAUUUGGACUGAAAUUGAUACGUUUCACAUCGCUCUUCUGCAAAUCCUUACUGCACAUCUCUUAACCUCUUACUUAUUUAUCAGUUGUUCUUUAAUUUCCGUAAUUUCUAGGUUUUAAUUUCUUCAGCUUCUUCAUCAUUCUAUGUGACAAUUAAGUCAAUCGUAGGCAGUAGAUUGACUAACUUGCUAACUUUGGGUCAAAUUAUUCUUAAAUUUUGUCAUGAAACGAGUAAAGUGUGCAAAUUAAGUGUGUAUUUAUAUUAGGUGGAAACUGAUGGACUCUAUAAUCAUGAACAAGAUGAAGAUUUAAGAUAUCAUAAUGAUGUUGAAGACGAUGAUGAUGAUGUUGACGAUGAGGCUGGACUUUACACCAGAGGACUUGUCACUCAACACAUCAAAAAGAAGAAAAAAUCAGGAGGAUUUCAAUCUAUGGGUAUUGAAGAUUUUUAGUAAUACUAUAUUUUGGACAAAGAUAGAUGUAGAGAAAUAUGUCUUUAUGUCUUAAUACAAGCUUGGGACAACAAAAAUUCUGCAUCCUCGGGAGGAAUUGGACAUCAGACCCUCACAUCCUUGCUCCAAUGCUCAAAGACCCUGUUUGGUCAGCUUGACCAUUUAUAAGUUGAUGUGUGAACAGGGGAUACAAAAUUCCUUGAAAACAUUCCUCUUUUUACCUGUCCUUGAUUAUGAACAUUCAGUUUCUUUUAUUGUAACUUUUGUUAGGAAGGGUUUGAAGUUUUUUAAGCCUGUAACUCCCAAUAUCUGAUGGUCAAUUCUCCAUUCCAGCUAUUACAUAUUUCCUUUUAAAUUAGUUACAAGAAUUUGGUAUUAGAUCAAGACAACAACUUCUACUUGAUAAGUUUGAGUAUUCUCCUAACCCGUUUGCUGGAUAAUGUAUGGACAUUGCAGGGAGAAGUUAGAUGUUCAUUACUUCUGGGAGUUAAAGGUUAACAAGUCAGAAUUUGAGGAGUACUGUAAUAAAAAUUUAUUUUUAUAUAUACAGGCUUAAGUUUCCCAGUGUUUAAAGGAGUUAUGAAGAAAGGCUACAAACUUCCUACACCUAUUCAAAGAAAGGUAGGUUUACAUGUAGCUAACCAAGAUUGAUAAUAGUAGUAGUGAUUAAUAGUUAACAUUAUGAGUGUAUAUCUUCUAGUCAUUGAAUUUAAUGAUUAAUAUUAAUGAUUAAUAAUUAUUCAUUUGGAUUUGCAUCAUUACUACUACUACAUCUUUAAAUGCAGGGUUUUUAUAAGGCAUUGGAGAUCAGAAAAUUAUCUGGCUAAAUUUGAUUGGCCUUUGCUCUUUUAUCUGCACAAUUCUCCUUCGAAUAAAGGUCCAGUAUGUGAUUAUCAUGAUUGCAAUUUAAAGAUGUUUCACGAUUUCACUCCCAAGAUCUCAGUAGUAAUCUUCCUUACUGUCUGUGACACAAUUCUUACGAUGUUAGUUUGGAGAAUUAGAUAUCAGAUUAACUUAUAAUCCCCUGAUUGACAUUUUCUUGGUUCUUAUCACUUGUCUACUUGAUAAUGUCAUGAUCUUAUGAUGAGAAAAUCCUUUUAUAGUCACACAUGGGUUUUAAAUAUUAAGAGGUGUUGCACAUUGUCUUACAAUUCUGGUUAACAACUGCUUUGCUAAGUGGAGGUUGGGUGCCUGAGACAUCCAGGAGCUUCCACUAUUGGUAGCCAGCUCCUAGAUGGAUACUUCUCCCAUGGCUGACAUAGGAAAGGGAGACAGGCACCUGUCACACUGAAUAAGCAGUGGAAAGAGGGAAGGGAGAGGCAGGGAAAACUGCCUGGAUGAUGAGCUACCACUCCUCACAAUGUAGCAAGUUUACACUCAAAGCACGUGCAAUAACACCUCAAUUAAAGAGCAAAUGGAAUUCUGACUCAUGCGCAUAUGCGGAAAACCACUUACUACUAGAGAACGCUGAUGCUCUUCAUUGUUAACUCCAUUAAAUUGCAUAUAACUACAUGAAAGUUUCCUCUUAAUCAUACAAAGUUUUGAUUUUUCUGUUCACCCUACCAGAAGCUUUAAAUAUUGUUAGUCCAUACAUGAUCACAACUCCAGGAAUAUGUAAUAUAGUAUAAUCCAAGAAGAAGUUCUUCUAUUUAUGCAUGUAUUUGUGUGUGCACAUCAUUGGUAUCAUUAGCAGCAUAGGUGAAAACCAUAAACUCUUUAUCAUGUUGCUCUUGACUACUGGGAGUCUAUUCAUCUAUAUAUUUCACGAGUACCUUUUUUAUUACCACAAAAAAAGGGUCACUUUUUGUACAUGUAUAUAUUCAAGGUUUUGUAACAGGGUAGCUUUCGUAAAGGAGUUAAAUAUUGGUGAAAUUCAAAUCCAUUUUUGUCUUCCUUCAGACAAUACCAAUAAUUAUGGAUGGGAAGGAUGUGGUGGCCAUGGCACGUACAGGUAAAUGACACACGUGAUUUUAUAAGAUUUAAGGAGUUCAAGUAACUUUUGUCGUUGUAAGCUAUGGUUGAAUUUUUUAAAUACAGUUUUCUUACUCUUUGUGAAUGAACAAAUAUUGUCACUGUAGAAAACUGCUGAUGGGUAAACCCUUUAACUCCCAGUAGUGUCUAAGACAGAAUUUCUCCUUACAACAUCAACCAAAUUAAUGAUGAGAAUAAAGAAAAAUAUUAAUUUGGGGAUAAUUAGUUGAUCCAAUGCUAAACUCUCUGAACUAACAUUAUAAAAAUUGUAUGGUUAACAUUAAGGAGAAUGACAAGUUUGAACUGGGAGUUUAAGGGUUAACCAAAUUGCUGUGAGUUAAUGGGAGGCUCAAGUCAUCAAUGCUUCCAGCUUCUGGCAGAGGGGAGGGGACAAAAUAACAGAUAAAAUUUAUCAAGGAAAUACAGAGUAAACUGAUUCAGCACAAGGUUUUAGUCAGCAAAAAUAUCAGAUAUUGGAAUUUCAAUGAAUGUGCACAUACAUGUAGUAAAACUUACUUUAAUUUUUAAAAAAUACUUUUCUUAACUUUUUGACAGGUUCUGGUAAAACUGCAGCCUUCUUGAUACCGAUGUUUGAAAGACUCAAGGCCCAUUCAGCUAAGGUAGUGUUUAAAUUCCAUAUAGAUAAACUCUUAAUCAUCAUUACAUGGUGCAUUUAUUUAGAGGGUACAGUAUUAUUCAGUACCAACACUGCCGUACAUAAUAAUACCACACUAAGCAGCCUUUGUAGUUGAAAACUGAAGAAAAUAUGGGGUAAAUGUUGCAGGCAAAAGUAAAGUUCAUCAGCUGUGAACUAUCACAAGUAGCCUUGUCUAUAAAUAACUUGAUUUAUAAUAUCAAUGAAUUGUCUGACUCUCAAAAAUGACCUUGAAGCUUUCUUUCUGGGGGUGGUUAGUUAACUCUUUGAUGCCAAAGAGUGACUCGUAUCUAAUUUCCCCUUACCACACCUCCUCCCCCCCCCCCCCCCCGAAUCACACAUUGAGGUAACAAGAAUACAGGAAAUGAUCACCAACUAAUGGAGCUCUUGAUUGCUAAACAAAUUCUCCUUGUCAGUACCUUAAGAAAUGUAUCGGGAAUAGUAUGGAGAAUAUUCAUACUGAUAUUAGGGAGUAAAGCAAAGGUGCCUUUAGUUGGCUGGUUUUGGAGCAUGUCUGCAGCUGACAGUUUGAACCUGAAGGUAACAUUUGAUUGUGAGAGUAAUCCUGUGAAGGACUAUUGUGGGCGGUGUUGACAGACAUUUCAACAACCUCAGCAAAAGUCAUAGUCAGGAUCUAGAGAAGUGUUGUCAGUUCAGUUGAAUUAAAGUUGAGUCAGUAAAAAAAGUUGGUCAUUAUUGGUCAGUUUCAAUCCAUCUGUAAUGAGAGGUUGUCCUGUUUGGUUUGUUCGUCGAAAGUUAGCCACUGCUGCCGACAACAGUCCUUCUCAAUGCUGCCCUUCCCCGAACAAUCAAGCUGCAUGGUCUGAAUUGUUAUGCAAGAAUGCAAGAAAUGUGGUGUAUCUAAAAAAUGUCAAUCACCUUUUUGAAUUUCUCUGUCAGGUUGGCGCUAGAGGACUUAUCCUAUCACCAACCCGUGAGCUGGCCCUCCAGACCCUGAAAUUCACCAAAGAGGUUGGGACAAAUUAAGAAGUUGACAGGUUUUUUGUUGUUAUAAGCCAGAUGAAGACUUUUCUCUAGCCAAUGGGCCCAUCUGUUCAGAGCUUGAUUCAUGGAGUGUUAGCUUUUUCUAACUAAAGAAAACUCAAUCACAUUCUAUUGGAUUGCCAAAAAUUUUCUAAGAUGUUUGGAACAUUUCUGAUAAGAUGCCAAACAUUUUGUCUCUAGAUCUAGAGCUCUGACUCCCUCCCACAACUGAAUAUUUUAUAAGAAAAAAUCUUAGUUAUUGCUGUUAUGGCUGGAAUUUAUCUUUUGGGUGUGAGAAAGUUACUGACCCCAUAAGCUAGCUUGAGAUGUUAGUUUUUAGUCUAUAAAAAUGGGAGUUUCACCUAAGGCAUGGGAGUUUCUGCUUUACUCUUUCACUUUAUUUGAUAUACAGUAACACUCUUUGGUCAAUUCUUCUGGGAAACAUUUCCUAAAACUGUUAUUUUUCUCAGCUGGGAAGGUUUACUGGCUUGAAGGCUGCUGUUGUGCUAGGUGGAGACAGGUGAGUAUAUUAAUUGUCUUCCUCUGGAGAUGUUAAAAACUUCAUCAAAACAGUCUGAAUUAUUAGCAUGAUUACUGUUCUGUAUCCUCAUUACACACUGUAGCACUUUGCACUACAAUUUUUUUUUCAUGAUAUUCUAGUACUAGUCUUGUGCUAGUUGUUAUUUUCAGAGGGAUUGCCUUAGUAUGUAAUUUUAGGAACUGCCAGGUAUGAAUUAAAUUGUUCAAGAUAACAUUGCCAUCUGAUUUUUUACUUUUAUUUUGCUCUCAGUUUGGAAGGUCAGUUUGCUGCAUUGCAUGGAAAUCCAGAUAUGUAAGUAAUUUUGCUCUGCAUGUUUUUGUUUACUGAUUUAGCUCGUUACCUCUCAAGAUCUAAUUGUUAGUUCUCCUCUCAGUUGAUGCUGCACAAUAAUUAUUCCUUGUCAAUUAGCUAUGAGAAUUUGGCAUUAGAUCAUGAUAACAACUCUUUCCUGAUUAUGAGUAUUCUGAGUCAUUACCUGUUUAUUGGAUAUUAAUGUAUGGAUAUUAUAGGAACAAGUUACAAGGUAAUCACUUCUAGGAGUUCAAGGGUUCAGACUUGAAAGCUUCUCCUAUGAUCCACAAUCUCCAAGAAUCAAAUGUAAACAUGUACGUCAGAAAUAAAAAUAAGACAGUGCCGCAACUAAGAACAACUUUUUCCUCUUUGUUAUUAUCAAGUGGAAUUUAAAUGUGUCUCCUUUUUUCAUUUAACAGUAUCGUAGCCACUCCAGGACGGUUUCUUCAUGUUGUGAUGGAAAUGGACCUGAAACUUACAUCGGUGGAAUAUGUUGUGUUUGAUGAGGCUGACAGGUACGUGUCAAUUCUAAUUGGUGGUACCUGAUGUGAAACAAGAACUGUGGAAACACUGUUUAAGUUAAUUGGCCAAUUGAUUGAAUUCAGUUAUGUUAUGUUGACAACAGUGUCUGGAUCACCAGAAACACUCUUGUGGACAAAAGUAAUCCUGGGCUUUUUUUAGAAAACUUGUGGAAUACACUGCUGCCUAUCUUCAAUUUCAGUCAAUUAAAAAACUUGCAGUCUUGUAAAGUGCGCUCUGCAGUACACCCUUUUGAGGUAGAGAACUUUUAGGUUUGUCAUCAGAUGCAAGCAGGAGAAAACCCUGUCAACAAACAAUCAUCAUGUUACAGUGCAGAUAUACUUGAACCACUCUGAGGUGAAAUGUGACAUUGGAAUAGAAAGAGGGGAAAUUGGCUUGUGCAUACCAAGAAAGAUUUGGGUCACAGUAUCUAAAUUUGAAGAAUUUUAUGUACAGAAAUUUGAUAGGUGUAGGGUCAAACAUUUGUCUGAUAGGGUAGAGUUAUCCACAAGAGAGUGAAUGUUAAAUCAAGCAUCUUAUCGACAUCACAAGUCACCAUAUACCUGGGUUGUGGCAGAUUGGCCAUGAAACAAGCAAUGACCACCUUAUAUAUCAACUCAUGCUGCCCCACCCUCAGUGGGUGUGUGGUUGUUAAUGGUGCCCUUGCUACCCAGCCCUGUAAAGUAGUCAGCUACAGAGGCCAUCAUGGAGAAAUAGGGAUACAUUUUCCUCUGAUCCCACCAGUUACUGUGUUGUUUCCAGGUGCUGCUGUAAGCCCCUGCAGUGCAAUACCUUUUUGAGUACGUCUGUCUUCAUAGGAAGGCUACAGUUGAUUUUAAAACUUGGUAACUAAAAAGGGGUUGGUGGACCCAAUUCAAAUGGAAGGCACCAAAAUUGGUAUCUUGUACCCCCAUAAAUAAAAUGAAGGAGGUGCUGAGACUGAGGUGCUAUUGACACUGUAAAAAAGGCAUCUUUUAGAUAAGAUUUUAUCAUUCAAUCUUCCUUCUGGUGUGCUCCAGUAAAUGUAGCCCCUCCUUUUUUUGAAGUGUUGGUAAACAACAUAAUUGUUCAACUGUUUUAAGUUUAUUACAGCUCAUCUGUUCCCCCCAUCCUUCUUUUUACCAGAAAAACUGUGGCCAUAAACUCCCCACUUAGGGGGCAGACCACCUAAACUGCCUCUUUCUGUAACAUUUUUGCAAUCUUGUUUCAUGGCUUGCCUUUCCAGCUGACAAUGAAAGGUGUGAAAAGGUACUCAACCCUGUUGUGGGAGUUCUACAAAGGGAAUCAGGAUUCCUUUAAUUAUUUUCAAAAUGAAUUGAUUCCAUGUUAGAGGUUUCCCAUUGGUCAGAAUAAAUUGGAGUUGCCCAUAUUAUGGCUAUAUUAUGGUUUGUUUUGGUGGUUUUAAUCGAUAGGGGUUGUCCCAUUUCAGAGAUUUGUUUCUUUUUUCAUGAAGCUUGCAGUCAUGAAGCUUAUUUUGUGAAUGAAAUAGCUACCAAUUGAAAGCAGUGUCAAUGAAUUUUUAUCUUGUCAACAUUCAGUCUAUUCCAUGCUCAUUUGUUAUGAGCAAAUUUACUAGUAAUAGAAUACUGAGGGUAAUAUUUCCAGACUUAAACUUGUGCUUUGAAUAUUUAAUUUCUACUUAUAGGCUCUUUGAGAUGGGGUUUGCCCAGCAACUUCAUGAAAUCCUGAACCGUCUUCCAGACUCCAGGUACUUUAAAGCAUUCAAAGAGCUUGUACAUAGAUAAGCAUGUUAUUCUUUAUCAAAUGGACUAAAGCUUACUUUUAAUUGACUCAUCAUUUCAAUUGAUUCUCAUAUUUUUUUCAUUUUUUCUUUCAAUGUGACACAUCAGAACAUGUAGUGAAUGAUAUUGAGGGUAAUGAUCAUUAAGAUAUAAAAUAGAAUAUCAUUCUCUACCUUUGAUAAGAUUAAACAACAUGACUGUAUAAUGAAGUCCUUUGCCUCUGCAACAAAGAAUUGUGGUGGUAGUGAUGAUGGUGAUGAUAAUUAGAUUCAAUUAGAAAAGACCAAACUGAUGUUUGAGUUCUAUUCUAUUAUUUUUUUCAAGUUUUUAAGACAUGUUUUAACAUUUCCCACACCAUCUUCAGCUGCAAAUUCUUCUGUUACAAUUUAAAUUGCAAUUUACAAAGAUGUUUUCCAAUAAUGACUAAAGGUUAUGCUACACAGAUUCAUAUUAAAUGUUUUUAAUAGAAUAUAUUGGUAACAAAAGUACAGGAAGGCAAUAGUGCUAUUUGGAAGUAACCCACAAAAAUAAAACAAUACCUAUGAAAAUAUGUAAUAUAAUUUUGUUAAAUUUUAUAUAAUUAUAUUAAAAUUAAGAUUAAUUAAAAAGAAAGAGAUAAACUCGAUACGUGUGUUGAACUGUUAGUUUGGAGUUGGAUUCUCCAACUCCUCUUCUGGCCUCUUUUAUCUGUAUUUGAAAUAUUGAGGCAGCAGAAAUAUUUGGCUUUAGUGAAGUGAGCAUUUUUUUAUCUUUAAGGCAAACUCUUCUGUUUUCUGCAACUCUUCCAAAGCUACUGGUGGAUUUUACCAAAGCAGGUAAUUUUGGCUUCAGUUGUCAUUAUGAACUUCCUUGGGUGCUUUUGUUUGACUCUGGUUACCAACUGAAUGCUUGCCUCGGCCUACAUGAAGCCGAACAAGUGUUCUGCUUUCAAGAAACAUGAUGUGCCAACAGAUCACUCUCUGACUGUGUGCCUCUUUAAUAUUUCAAUAGCUAAACCCCUAAACUCCCGAGAACUGACUGUCAAUUCUUCCCUACAGCUAAUACACAUUUCCUUGUAAAUUAAUUACAAGAAUUUGAUGGUAGAUCAGAUAACAACUUCUACCUGAUAAGUCUGAGUAUUCCCAUGAUCUGUUCGCUGCAUAAUGCAUGGAUAUGAUGAGGAGAACUUGUUUUUCACUUGCCCUCCCUCUCAAUCAAUAAAUACAUAUAUUUACUCAUCUUUGCUAGGCUUGACUGAUCCUGUGCUUAUAAGACUGGAUGUUGACUCCAAACUUAGUGAACAGCUCAAGGUAUUAUUUCAAUCUUGGUUUUCUUAUUGAUACCGUAUAAAUUUUUGAUCCAAUUUUUCUGCCCUUUACAGGAGCGAGAAAUUAUUGUAAAUUAUUCCAGAAAUUAUCUAAUAGCUAGAUAAGAAGUAGAUAAAAUUUGACAGAAUUUCAGUACUCGUUGAAGUAGCAGAAUGUGUCGAUGCAAUUGUGAUUACAUGUUUGAUUUUUCUUCAUCUUACGAUUAGACAUUCUACUCUAUGAACUUAUUUAUUCUGCUCCCCUGCUUUUCAAACUAAUCGAAAGAGCAGUAUGCACUCUUCUCCAUACAUUUCCUACGGUGCUGACAAGGUGAUUGAUGUUGAUAUUGUAAGGAGAAAUUAGACGCUAGUCCUUCAUAAGGGUCAAUAGGUUAAUGUGUCUCCUUAAAGUGAUGCUGUUUCAUCGACUGACAUUGAAUUUACGGUGUAUUCAUUCUCCCAAAUGUGUGCACUUCAAUAUGAUAACUUCUUAACAACAUUUCUUGUAAAUGUCUUUCUUAUCGAACGGUGUUUCUUUUCUUUUUUUUUUUAAGCUGGCUUUUUUUUCGGUGAGAUCAGUCGAUAAACCAGGUAAGAAUCACGCCCAGACUCACCUCAUUGUAUCAAUUGUCUCUAUUAGCUAGCAGUCUUUUGUAGAAAUAGUUUUGAGAUUUUGGUGACGUGAGUGUUUUGUAUGUGCCAAACAGUAUUUAACAAAUACGAAUUCAGCUCGUUUAUGCAGUUGACUAAUGAGAGAGAGACUAAUUUGUGACCCAUGAAUGGAUCAAUAAGAUUGAGGGAUUGAAUUCAAAGACAUUCUGAUUAGCUUAUUUUCGAAUAUUUUACAGUCGUGGGCGGAGUGUAAGUGGUCAUCAAGUCUAGACCAAUAGCACGUGUAAAAUAUCUGAUGGAUCAUAGUAAUUGAUAUUAGAAAAACUUCUUUUUUUCCCGUUUUUUUGUUUAGCUGUGCUAUUGCAUAUUCUUCAAAACGUGAUCAAACCAAGUGAACAGACCCUCAUAUUUACGGCCACAAAGCAUCAUGUAGAAUACUUGAAGGAGGUAACGCUUUUAUAUAACAGUAAUUUGCAAUGAAACAAACAAGGUAAAUGAACAUCAAACGAAAAAACGGCAGCAUGAACAUACCCGACGGUUAAGAUACUUGCACGAAACAACAUAGAGACACUCAAGAAAAAAUUCUGACUGAUAAUUAAUUGACGCGAAAAAUUGUUUUAGAAUGUUAAUGCUGCGCGGGAACUAGAAACUAGGAAACCGCUGAAAGACGUUGCAACUCAAACAGGCUGAACUUCUCAGCUCGCCUGUCUUUAGAACUAUGCCAGUUCCUAGUCCAUCGUAGAGAGUGCGGCCCUCAUUCGCUACCCAUCAAGUCACAAAGUUCUCAUGUGAACUGAUGCACGUAAUAUAAUUUUUUAUCUCUGUUUCACAGCUGCUAGAUAUUGCUGGAAUAGAGAGCUCCUUUGUGUACAGCACCCUGGACCAAACAGGUAUGAGGGCAAGACCGUCCUGCUUUAAAGAUAUAACUUGCCCUUUUGUAGGGCAUCAAGGGAAGACAGUUUACUAGCAAUUUUGGAACCAAGUGAACUGUUAGUGCACACUCUCCCCCCAAAAGAAAAAGAAAAACGCCUCCCUCCCCUUUGUAGAUGCUGCGUAGAUAUUAUGCUGGUUGUAAGUCUUUGACUUGAGAAAUCUGGUUACUUUGACUGAGAUGUGCAAACCGUACCGCAGUUCUUUAAAAAGGCUCGUACAAGAGAUAACAAGAGUUAUGAUUAUGUCACUUUUGCAGCAAGAAAGAUCAACAUUGGCAAGUUUCAACACAAGAAGACAAACGUGAUGGUUGUUACCGACGUGGCCGUAAGUAAAGAUUACGUUAAAAAGCUUUACAUAGUAUCUUUGGUAUCGAAAGGAAAAAAAGUGAUAUCUUUAUACGUCCUGCAGAAUGGGUGUUAUAUUUUAAGGGAGCUGAGCCCGAGACACGAGAAAGGGGAGCGCGAAGGACGAGUCUCACGCGAGACUCCCGCUUCGUGCUCGCCUCGCGAUAGCCUAGGUUCGCCUGAUUGGACAUAAAUGGCACCUGUUUUGCAGAGUAAUCAUGUUUUUGAGUCAUUUCUUUGACCUUGAAAGCGUAGUUUGAUUAUGUAGAGGCUAAAUGAUUACAGUCGGCUAAGACAACAAAACAACAAAAGAGAUAAGUUUUGAUCCAAACUAGUAAUGGUGUUAGUUGAUAAAGGAGAUAUAAAGAAGAUCGACAAGGAUUGCAAAAUGGAACAGUGGAAAGUUUUCGCCAAACUUUUGAAGCUGCACAAACUGCGCCGUUGUGCUUGAAACAACGCUGAAAGCUCGUGUAUAUGGUUUAACGUUGUAUUUUUUACUUGCCUUUUUAUUGUUCUUGGAUCUCUUUGUAAUUUACCUGUUUGAGGGUUGUUGUAUAUUUCGUCAUUCUCUCCUUUUUUUCUCUUUUAUUUGCCGUCGUUUUAAUUCAUAGGCUCGAGGAAUUGAUAUUCCCAUGUUAGACAACGUGAUCAACUAUAACUUCCCAGCCAAACCGAAGCUUUUUAUUCAUCGAGUAGGUAAGUGAAGAAAGAGUUCUGUGAUCAAAAAGGAAUUUAUCCUCACAGUAAUAAUCCAUUUUCAAAGGGGUAACUGUAGAGGUAGAAACCUCAGAUGAGGGAUAGUGUGUGAUGCGACACCAAAUUCCAGUUUAAAAAAGUUACGAGAAGCCGAGAAUUUCUUGUUAAAUCUUGGAUUAUAGGGGCUAGGCAACAAUUUUCACAUUUAAAGAGUGUUCUGAUUCCAUCUCGUUAAAACCUCGCAUACUAUCAGGUCGUGUUGCAAGAGCCGGUCGAAGUGGGACAGCUUACUCCCUUGUGAGCGGUGAUGAGGUAUGUAUAUUGCUCUAAGUAUUGCGGUGUUGUGUGUUCUUACAAUGUAGGUGUGCUUGUUUAAGAUGCAGAAUGUCCACACGCUAACAAAUCGGAGAAUUGUUUUGCUGGUAUUAAAGAAAGCUAGUAGCUUGUUUUAAUUUUUUAAGCAAUAACUACUAGAGAGAAUUACUGAGCAAAUAUUAGGCUUCGAGGGGCUGGGCGUUUAAACACGCCUGAUGAGCAGGGAGCUUUUUUUUACAGGUGCAUGUUCCCGUAUUACUCUACAAGUGUCAAGUCACUAGGCAAAUUGUUGUUCAAGACACUGAAAACUUGCGAUACUUAGUUUUAAUUUAAGAUCACUGUCAGUGAUUAGGAAUUUUCUGACUAAUACUGAAUAUAGCGAGAGAAAGUAACUACACAACCUUUCCUCAAAUUGGCGACAGCCACUCGAGUCUUCUUCGCAGUCGUCGGCUGGUCUGGUCACGCAACGCGUUACCUUCUCAGAAAGAGCGGGCUGCAUAACAAGACCAAACAACUGAUAGGAAAGAAAAGAGCGUUACAUUUGAGGACAGCUAAUUAUAAUCGCUCUAUUCAAGAACGUUUAAUUACGAUACAAUAACAACUUAAACAGGUUCGAAAAUAUUGAUUGAAAAAACUUAUUGACAUAUACAAUGACGCAUUAUAUACACACAUACUUUUUUUGUGCAUUAUUUCUUGAAGAUUAUGACGAAGUUCAGAUGACAGGGCGUGAAAUUAACUUUUUUUUCUGAUAGCCACUUGGCUCCUAAAUUCUUCAAAGUGGUAACCAAUUCAAAAAAAGUUGGUCGCCAUUUUCAAAGACAAACAAAAUCUUUCUUUGCGCUGUCAGCGUUCUAGAUAGACCCUCCAAAAUUAAGUUAGGGAAAAGAUCUUUAACGUGCUACAAAGUGGACACUAGGAUGUAUGAUAUACAACGUUCAGGCUCAUCUAAAUCCAAGAUGGCGUCUAGUUAUCGAUCGAGAUGCAUGUGCUACGUUUUGGAAACAAACCUAACGAGGAAGUUUGCCGCGGAUUUAUCUUUGCAAAUUUAUUUUCUUCACUAUACCUCUUAGUAAGGUUAUGAUGAAACGUUGUAGUCGCCAAUUUGGCGACUAACUUUCAGGAUUUGGUCGCCAAAGUGAAAAAUUUAGUCGCAUUGGCGCCUGUAUUAGGCGCAAUUUCACGCCCUGGAUGAUCGUAGGCCUUGAACAAUCGCCGUCCCCGAAAGGGAGCUACAUCUUCAGGGGCGAAAAUUCAACAAGCGCCGUCGUCGGAGUUGAUGACAUUAUGAAACAAAUAGCGAUUAGAUCGGAUCUAAAUUAAUCUUAUUUACAAACGAGGUCAAGACAGAGAGAACAGUAUAUAACCCUUUUCGAUAUUUUGAAAAAAUGACAACCACCUGGCUUGAGCUAUACCAUGCUCAAAAAAAACUUCUGUAAAUAGCUACCUAAAUUUUACAAGAUUACCCCAGCAUAUUAACCUUUUACACACGAACAUCAGAAACCAUAUUCUCCAUACCCUUUCCAAUACAUUUCCUUUGGUACUAACAAGGGGAAUUCGUUUUACAAUCAGAGCUUCUUAGGUUGACGAUCAUUUCCUUUAUUCUCAUGAUCUAAGUUAAUGACUGAGCUGUAUUACUGCAAUGAGAAAUUAGAUGCUGGUCUCUCCUACGGUCAGAAGGGUUAAGAAGUUGUGCUGUCCUUACUUCAGCCAAUUUAAGCUGUUGAGUAUCUAUCCGUUCUGUUGAUCACAGAGCAACUUACUGCCUUUCAGUUGUUUAAACAGUGCCUUCGGUAACCAAGUGACGCAUGCGUGAUUGUAAGACAAUGUGGAUGGCAUCUUUCCGAUUUCUAUCCAUUCUUCGUUGUCUCUGUCAAAGUACUCCACGAUGCCAUUGCUGUAAGUUCCUCCAAACACGAAGAUCUUUCUCUUUGCUUUGCCGAUAGCAGCUUGUGACCGAGGAACGCACAACUCUGCGGAAAGAAGGCUCCACGUAUCCGUUACAGGAUCAUACAGCUCACAAUUCUGUAGCGGUAGAAAGUUAUCUCCAGUACCUCCUACCACAAAGAUUUUGUUGUCCAUCACAGUUGCACUUGCGAAGGCGCGUCUUUCGUCCAUAGAGGACACGUAUUCCCAUUGGUCACUUUGAGGGUCAUACCGCUCCACGCUAUGGAGCCCUAGCUGCCUAAGUCCAUCGUGACCCCCUAUCGCGUAAACGAGGCCUCCUAGCGACACCGCACACAAGCCCCGUCGCAAGGAGUCCAUUGGGGCCAUAUCUUCCCAUGAAUGGUCUCUUGGCUUAAAACGGGUCACGCCAUUUUCCUUGAGAAGAAAUAUACUGUCUUCUACACUAACAGCUGCCAUUGGCAGGUUGGUCGAACUCGAUAGCACUUCAGACCAUAUGUUUUUCUGCAGGUCGAAUUUUUCGAUCGUCAAGCGAUCAUCUUCCCAACCAAUGGCGAACAGAUGCCCUUCGCAAAUUGUUAUUGCUCUAGCCUCGUUGAAGCUCGGCAGUCGGGCUAAGUCAUACCACAUUCCCGUGGCUGGAGUGAAACAAGAAGUACAGCCGUUUUUGCUGAGAAGCACAACACUCUCCGUGACACCACGAGGCUCGUCACGCUCUUCAUCCGGGACACGUAAUGCUGCUGUGGCCCAACUUUGAGCAUCGUGACUUCGCGUGACAAGUUCGUCACGCUCGAUGAAUUCGGAGAUAAAUUGAGUUGACAUGGCCGACAAGCGAACAUGGCGGAAAAGAUCUUCAAAGAAAUGCUCUCUGUUUUCCGUAUCGUGUGUUAUCCAAGCCCUUAUUCCUUCGAACACUUCUUCUUCGCCUUUCUGUGUCUUGAUUACGAGUCUUUUCCCACAAAUAAGCUCUUCCAACUCGAUAAAAUCCAAACAUAAGAAUUCAUUUGUUUUCCAAAUAGAUGAAAGAUGAUUGCAAAUGUAUUCAGUGGCGGCUUCGUUUAACAAUUCAUGGUUGUAUCUUUCGGCAAAAAUCUGAAUCCAUAAACAGUUGGACGGUUUGAGGCUUAUCAUCAAGAACUCCGCACAAGUUUCUUUUAGGCUGGGAAUAUCGAAAUAGUCGGCAAUGACCAAAAGUUCUUCGGCAUUCUUCUCCGAAACUCCGCAUUCCCCGGUGUAAACAAAAUUCAAAAGUUCUUCGAUACUGUUGGGAUGAAAAUCCGGCAGGUUCACUUCGAGUUCAUCACUGGAUUUUUCCUGAGUCAACUCAGACGUAAAGGAAGCUUUGAAGAAAGAACUACUCGCUGCUAGAACUACUCUGUGUGCCGGCAGCUUUCGAUUUUCGACGACGAGAAUCACAUCGCAAAAUGUUUGUGAUUUCCUGAAUGAAUUCAUAGUGCGAAGCAUGUCUUGCUGUUGUUGAUGUUUCCUUCUGUUCAUACAUGCUUGUGGCUCCAUAACUGCGACGAGGUAUUCGAGAUUCUCUUAAAUUCUAGGAACACAGUGAAUAAUGUACAGUAAAGCGCAAAGCAACUUAUCUCUGAGUGGGCAGAUCUUGUUAUAGAGUCAGCGGUAUUCAGUAUUCGACUGAUUCAAAUUGAGGUGUACUCGUGAAUUUUUUGCCUUUGAUUUGAAACGCUCUACACGAAAUAUUAGUGGCUGGUCUUAUCCAGCUCGAUAGCUAAAUAAAUCGAGCUAGGAACCCACAUGUAUAUUCGCGAAUAUCCCUCUGAUCGUUUAAUUGCAUUGUUUAGAGUUAACCACGUGGAAUGAAUAUCACACAGGUUUUAAUUUUGCGGAUUUCGCGAUAUGCAUUUCAUUUAUUAUCGCAGGCGACACAAAUUUAUUUAUUUUUUUAUUUCAAUAAAAGCCCCAAGGAAGUAAACAGGGAGAAUAGUAAAGUUUAUUUGUAUAAUGUGUUUUGAGCCAGUGUUUUUAAGCAGUAGGUAUCACCUUCUUGACAAUUCAGUAUUUGGAGAGUUUUGCAACGCAAUGGUCAGUAAAGGAUGAAGAUAAGGAGUUUCAGCCCAUGUUUUCCUUAACAAAAAAUCGCAAAAGUUUGUUCUCGACGUUUAUUUCUGAACUCCGCGAAGGCGAAAAUUUGGUCUGGCAAAACACACGGGUAGUUUAAAUCGUAAAACGUAACUGGUGGGUUUCUCCUCGCCCCAGUUUCCUUUCGACGCCCAGGCGGGAAAUUGGGUCGAGAAGACGACUUGUUAAUGUAACAUUCUUCUAGCUUUUGUAAUAAUCAUAGCCUAUCCCAGGCAUGAAUUUUUUAAAACGAAGCGCGAUAAUAAACGACGCGAUGGAAGCGGAGCAGUGUAAAAGCGGGGAAGAUUUGGGAAGGGUUGCGUGAUGAACCAUAUCAGGAGCCUGCCCUUUUUAUAUUUGUUUUCGUUACAUAGCUAGCCCAUAUGGUGGAUCUUCAUCUUUUCCUUGGUCGACCGCUAAAGUUUGCUGGAAAGGACUCGCAGGCUCAAGAUGAUGGGCUUAUAGGUACGGUUCCUCAGCUGCUCGUAGAUGACGAAGAUAAUUUUAUGAAAACGGCGCACGACAAAUCACAUGACUUGGUUAGUAUUCUGGAUGUCACUGAUAUUUGUUGGUUCAUUAAUAUCGAUGACAGAUGAGUAAUGGAUGAAGAACAUUUGCACGACUUUCAUGACUGUUAAGCGCUGAUUACUCACGCAAUACUUUUGCAAAAAGGAUUAUGCUGAUCAUUAUGACCAAUGAUUAUUACGAUUAAUCGUUGAUAACCAGACUCCCACGCCGGUCAGCGGCCGAUGGAAUAGGGGACCUUUAGCAAACCACGACGGCGAGGGCAACGAGGACGUGGCAAAACAAAAGAUCUAAUGAGCAGAACAAUAGCUCAUCACAUGCGUUUUAAAACUGCACACAUUUCCUAGUUGUCCUCUGUAAAAUAACAACGUGAAAUCAUCAAUUUUUUUCUUGGUCUGAGAAAGGAAACCGCGAAGGCAAAUUAUUUAAGUUUUUAUUUGAAACUCAACGCCGCUCUCAAACGUUAUGCUGAGGUGAGCUUGUGGCGCCGUAAGGGAUGGUAAACACACUCCUUAUUCGCGAGAUUCUAAGUAGAAAUAUUUAUUUAUCUUAAAAUCGACGUCUUCCUUGGCGUUGUCGUCCUAACUGCUAAAGGUCCCCAGUGACUCCUCUGCGGGAACGAAGAGCUCACUAAAAUUUUCACUGCUCCUUGCAUGUGUCUCUGUAGAUCAGUUGGUAGUAGCCACGCCCGACCAGUUUGGGGAAGAUACGUGUAUGAACCCAUCGAAAUUUUAAAUUGUUUCUCACGCUUCUUUUCUGCAUUCAAUUUGAUUGCCGCUCACCUUGCACAGACCAUUCUUAGGGAUAGUUCUGAGGAGUAUUUUUAAACAAGGAGAGGGCAAUCGAGGUGUCAGAAUAACUUCAGUGUCCAGAGCUGUUUAGAAUGUGAAAAGUAAUUGUUUUUUAUCUUUGUUAUCUUUAGGUUUCUCUUCGACAAGUUGCUGCUAAUGGAUACAAGCAGUACAUCAAAUCCAGGCCGAAUGCUUCAUCAGAGUCUGUGAAGAGGGCGAAAAAGAUUGAUACUGGCGCGCUUUCUAGUCAUCCUUUAUUCAGUGAGUGUUCUCGUUUGUUAUAUUCUACUUAAGCUUUAACCCCUUGACACUCUAACAUCAAUAUGCGUCUUCUCCUUACUGUUAUCUAUAGACCGCUAUGGAGCUGAGCAGGAGAAUUUGUUCAACAAUCAACAGCUUUUGAGUUGGCUGGUUAUUUCCUUCAUUCUCAUAACCUUGAUAUUUGAUUCAGUAGUGAUUAUGUAUAGAGAAAUUAGAUGCUGGUCACUGUUAGGGAUUAACGAGGUUUUUAUGGUCACGAGUGAAAGUAAAUUCAUAUAACUGAAUAAUUGUGGUGGAAAGUAGCAACGAUUAUUUUUUGUGGUUUUUGCAAACUACCUUUUGUAGAGUUAUCCUCCAAAGAGGCGACAUCUACCAAGGUCGACAUUUUGGAUGGUGUGAAGAACUUUAGACCUAAACAGGUAAAAGACUUUUCAUGCGUGUUUGUCAAAUUAUUGUUUCUCUGAAAGCGCAAGAAAUUCGAUGCUAGUCACUCAGAGGGAUCAACGGACUAACCCUUUACACCCUAACAUCAGUAUGCAUAUUCUCCAUACUGUUCUCUAUACACUUCCUAAGGUGCUGACGAGGAGAAUUUGUAGAACAAUCUAGAACUUCUAUCACUGGUGAUCGUUUCCUUUUUUCUUGUGACCUACAUGUGUGAUUUUGGGGGUGAUAUUGUAAGGAGAAAUUAGAUACUAGUCACUCUUAGGGGUUAACGGAUUACGGUUUCCGUAGUCUUUCAAAUGUUAAGUUUAGCUAAGAAACAGAAUGAUGUGAAGAUUUUAUUCUUGGGAUUAAUACAACAGUAUGAUAUUUUUCGGUGUUAUGUCUUAUUGUAUCUCCUCUGCAGACUAUUUUUGAGAUUGGUUCAACAUCAAAAUCUACGGCACAAUCCAUUAUGAUGUCAAAACGGUGAGUCUGAUUUUGAAAGUGACUGAUCCUUUUGCUUUCAAGAGCCGUUUCCUUUUCUCCUUUCUAGCUUCUACACAUUUCCUUCUGAAAUAGUAGUGAGAAUUUGGUCAUAAGGGACCGUAAUGCGAAACUCAAACUCGAAAUAGAGAAGUAAUCCUUGUGAGAUUCACACAACCUGUGCAUUUCAAACCUCUUUUUCCCCUUCGGUUUGACUGCUUGCAGAAAACGUCACAGUGAUGUAAUUCAAAGAGCUCGGCGGCUGAAACUAGAUGAUUUGACCUCUGAUCAGGGGAGGGGUGGUGGUGCCGAACAAGAGCCCGAGGAGACCGGUCCAACUACAGAUGAAAUCCAAGUGAGUAAAUACGAGCAGACCCUUGAGUAAGAAAGGGUAAAAAUAAGAUGUUGAUUAGAAGGAAAAUGUUACAAGAGCAAAGAAAGCGCAUGACAUAGAACUGAACCCAAUGCAAUUUUCGUGCCCGUACUACAACUAACGAUGAUUGUAUGUGUACAAGUCUGUAAAAUCUUUUACAGAAUCUCGGCUGAAACAUUACCCAGCCAAAAAGAAGCUUUGUAAGAUUACCAAAUGAAGAAAGCCUAUUAAGGUUCAGUUUAGUUUGUUCGACAAGAGUCUUCGAACAACCUGCCAUCAUUUUUCAUUUGUUGUUUAAAAUGUUUUUUACAGCUCCUCCAUGACUUGUGUUGAAGGCCAAUGGAGGCUAAUAUUUGCUUGAUUGACCACCAAUUUUAAGGCGAUACUCCUUUUCCUUUUCUAGGCUAGUAUUUUAUUUCUAUGCGCAUUGUCUUUCUGCUUCUGCUUGCAUCUUCCCAUUCCCUUUUUUUUCUUUUUCAAGGGAGUUUUCGCAACUGUGUUUGACCCUAGCCAGAAGAAGAAGCGUAAAGGGUCCAAGUUUGAUCCUGAAGGUAAUUGGUUCGCAACUGUUUGUAAAAGCAUUAUGUUCAACAUGGUUUAUUUUGCUAUAACAGUUCUAAUUACUGUCUCUUUCUGUUGUCAGGCCUUGUCAAAAAUUUCAGAGACGAGAAUUACAUUCCCCACACCGCUGCGGAUCACCAUGGAGAGAAAGGACUGGGGUGAGUUGUUGCAAGGUCAAGGUCAAGCUUGAGGUGUUUCACCCAAGAGUCCAUAUCCAGCAAGACAGUCGUAAAUGUUUUUUCUUCUUUUUACUCUGACUGACAAACACCGAGGUUUAGUUUCUUUCAUCUGUUACGGUAUGAUCUAACCCACAGAAAAACACUACAAUCCCACAAACUCAACUGCUUUAUUAAACAGCGAGUAAUGUUCUUAACAAGGAGCGACUCCUAAAAGUACAAUGCUUAUCGUUAAUUAGCUUAAUUAAGCCCACCGCGAUCUAUAUCCAAGCUCACCACUGACACAAUCACACUGCUGUCUCCAAAUUCCUUCUUCCGGUAUAGCUUUCAAAACAGUCUAACUACUACUUCAUAAGUGAAUCUUUAAAUAUAUUUACAAAGUGUUCUGAAACCUUCCAGAAGCUUACAAAAAAAAAAGAACUAUUUUAGUAGUAUUAAUUAAUACCUGCGUGAUUCGAUGAAAUUUUCUGGAAAGUUCUAUGGUAUGCAAGUCAGCAUGAGUAAGCAGUCUGGAGAUUUCUAUGAGCUUUUAUUUACAAGUAACUCAUGACAAUCAUUACCCAAGAAACACGUAGUUUGCUGGACUGGUGUUAUCUUGCUUUUCGUUUUUUUUUUUUUUUGGUGUGUAUCUUUCAGGCGAGCAGAGGCUAGCGUAAGGAGAUAGCGAGAAAGGAAUGAAGUGCAAGACACGUUCCACGCGUUUGUCGCGCGAGAGUCACGCAGCACUCGUCUCUGCUAUCGUUUCUUGCUAACCUGCGCUCUAAAAAUAAUGUCAUCUGUUCUCCAGGCUGAUUAACACAACACCAGUUUCUGACCAACCUCGUUCCUAGAGUCUCUUUUUCACGCCCUAUCCUUGGGAACGAGAACUUGACAUGGUUCCUGAUACUGGACCGUCCGAUGUGGAGUCCGUAACGCUAAGCAUAAGACUACUACUAUUCUGUCAUAAUGAGGAAAAAUUGAAUCAAUGACCGUUCCUUUCCAGGCUUGGCUUGAAGUCGUUUGAAAAGGACGUAUCUGGCGCUGUUAUGGAUAUACAAGCGGACGAAGCUGAAGGAAUGCGACAGGCUAAGACAGUCAAAAAAUGGUAAAUAUCGAGGACGUUACCUGGUCAUUUUACUGACACCUUUGGCCUACUCGCCACAGUGGCCUUUGGUUACUCCGCCUUCGCUGAUCGACGUUGUCGGCAAGUUGAACAAUGGUGUGUGCGAGUUGAUCAAAGGUUUCGGCAAUUUGAUUGUUGGUGAAUUGACAUGUCGGGAAGUUGACAUUUUGGCGAAAUGAACGAAAGCUUUAACAACAAUAACGUAUUCCUCUGGAUUGAAAUACCUCUUGCCGAGACCAAAAGAACAAGAUCAGUGCGUCGAAGAAAACAUGUUUUCUCUAAGGGGCAAAGAAUAUGUGAAUAUGAGAAUAUGUUCCUCUAUAUUCUUCCUUCUUUAUUUUAAGGAGCUUCAGCGUUUUAUUCUUUGGAUUUAUAACCCUUUUACGCCAAACCAUUACACAAUUUAAUUUGGUUUUAUCAACUGAAUUGAUGAUGCAGAUUGACCACCGCAAAGAGCUGGCGUUUCAAGCGUUAGCCCUUCGUCAGAGCGAAUUCACUCUGACGAAGAAACUCUUUACGGUGGCAAAUUUACAUUUUCAACUCAUUUGAUAAAAGUAAACGAUCUUGUUACACUCCUCAACCAACGUGGUACCACAGUUUCCGUAGAAACUUACCCCUUUUUAUUCACGAAACAAUUUUUAAUGAUGAUUUCACUAUACUUUCAGGCAGACAGGUGAUGAAAAUACAGUGAUAUUUCAGCUAGGGGAUAUUGUUUUAUAGAACACCCAAGUUUUAGAAGUGUUAUGAGUACAAUAUGGCCUACUGAAAGGAAAGAAAAUAUCUUUCGUUUUCUUUACAGGGAUCGUAAAAGGAAGAAUUUCGUUGGUGAGGAUGGAAAUGUAAAGAAAAUCCGAACUGAAAGUGGCAUUAGGAUUCCAGCUUCCUACAGAAAAAACAUGUAUCCUUCAAACGCCAAUGGAAGCACUCUGAUCCCUAGAAAGUCAAGCUUAGAAUUUUUCAAUUUUCAUAUUUGCACUCCAUAGUAGUCUUAAUCAUCCUCUCUCAUUUUUGCUCUUUUUGAACCUUUUAUUGAUGUUCUCUGUCGUACCAAAUUAUUAUGAUUUUUUACUCUAUGAUCUUCUCUCAAUGAAAGGGUCUUCUUUUUUUCGAAAUAAUGAUCCUAACACAAGCAGCGGGGUAAUGCACGCGCAGUGUUAAAAGUGAAUUUAAAGGAAAGAGAGAUUUCUCCUCAGUCGACUACCGCGUUAAAAACCGCCUUGCUUUAUUGCUAGUCAGCGCCAGAUAAGCCACAAUAACACCAUUAUUUAAGAAGUUAAAGAUUUUCUGUUCACCUCUUUAACGAUCAUAAUUAGCUACCGGGACUGGUUACAAAGACACAAGAUGGACGUUCCCGGAUCCGAAGAUCGUGAGGAGAAUGGAGCGAGACCGGAAUAUAGAAGAGGCAAGAAAGGUAAAAACGACCUAAAAGACUUCGACUGUUUUUUCUUUCCUUUUCUUCUAAGCAUAUGCAUUGCUCUGAGCUACCGUCAUUUUGGGCGACUAAAUUCUCAGGGCAGAGACGGAACUGCAUUUCAGGCUGUUCCUCAUUAGUGUGAUAUCUAAGGAGUUUCUUGUCGAGGGGGCGAUGGUUUUGAUGCAUAUUUUGGUUUUUGUGAUUCUUUUUCCCGCUUUAGGUAACGGUGGAAGCAAAUACUCGGCCAACAGGAAAGGAGUGGCGGGGAAAAGCUUCAAACCGCGUGGGAACGAACUAAAAUCCAAGGAACAAAUACUUAAAGCUCGACACAGGAAGCAACAAACUAUGCAGCGGCAAAAUAGAGGAACACAGAAGGGAAAAGGCGUAAAAGGAAAACCGGGCAAAAAAAAGUGAAGGCGGGGAAUUAGCGACGUUGCCGGCGCCUUUUCGUGGAACCUUCGGAAGCCGUCUAAGGAGUUACGGCUUAAUAUUCUCAAAUCAUAAUCGGCUACGUGUUUUGGAGGUUGUAACUCGGUCUAUGAUAAACUCUAUGUUCAUUUCAGGUUCAGUAUGGCUUCACAUAGAAAACCGUGGGCACCAGCAGUAGAUCAUCGAUUGCGUUAAAAAUGAGUCGGCUUGAACUUCGUCGACCAAACGAACUGAACAGUCGACGGUACACGAAUACAACUUUGUGGAAGGGACUUAGUGCGCAGAAUCUUGAAAGCGGAAGUCUGUAGCAAUUAAUAUUUUUCCACUUUUAAACCGAAUAUCCUAAUAUCUUAUUCUGGUCAGUAUCUCUCUUGUUCAUCUUAAAGAUAUUUCAGAUUGAGACAACUUGGGGUCAAGUUUGAAACAUCUUUUUCGUUGGUUAAUUUUUCUUCUCUAUUUUGAUACGUGCUCGAAACGCAUCUUUAACGACUUCACUGUAGAAUGGUUCAUCAAUUUUAAGGUCAUUUCUGGUCAUUUUGCAUAGUGAUUUUACUUCAGCCCCUGAAGGGAAAGGAACAAGAGCGGACCCGACAAAGGAAAACUUAAAUUGCGUAGAUUGGUCUUCCUUUCUCUGGUAACCACCGGACCACGCUGACCUCUCGGUAUUGUUUUGCGAGAGUGAAUAAAAAACGUUGCGAACUGCUGCGAAAACGGAACUUUAAAGAAUUUUGUACUCUUCAUACGAGGAUCUUGUACUUUUCCUUGCAAAUUUAUCCCAGUUCCUCUCACGUUAAAUCAUAACCGGAAUUUAUAAUUUCAAUAUUGGAUAUGUUAUUUAUUAAUAUACUACCUUAUUGCCCCUAUCAACUUGUUUUCCAUAAAAAUCGGUGUUUUUUGAUCGGUAAUACCAAUAGGAGUGAACGAAUACACACAAGUCCUCCAGUUCUCUGUUUUUCGGUCAGAACAUGACUAAAGUAACUUUACAGCAUAAUAGUAGUAUCCUCUAGUGAGACGAAACCUUUGAAUUAAAAGUUGAUUGGUGGGUGAGAUAUUUUGGAGAUAAGAUUAACUGAAAUAGAACGAGGAUGAAUUACAGAUGGAUUAAAGUUGCACGCCUGAAGACGUAUCUUCUCGUAUGAGCCAAAAAAACGUGAGUUGUCUCUUAAUAUGCUAGCGUUAGGAAAUUCUCUAAUGCAAAGCAGUUUGUAGAUAACAUUUAGCCUGGAAAUUUUUUUGCUAUUUUUAUUUAUCUUUAAAUCUCGUAAUGUUGGCCAUUGUUGCAUGUUUUGGUCGAAAGCGGAUAUCUCGUGUGACGUACA